AUGGCGCAAUCACAACCGCAACUGAGCCACAAAGAUGCGGCCUUGUUCAGGCAAGUUGUGCGCAACUUUGAAAAUAAACAAUACAAAAAGGGUCUCAAGGCAGCCGAACAAAUCCUACGGAAAACUCCCAACCAUGCAGACACGCAAGCCAUGAAGGCCCUGAUCAUGAGCCAUCAAGGCCACACCGAAGAAGCAUUUGCCCUGGCCAAAAUCGCGCUCAACAACAACAUGAAGUCGCAUGUCUGCUGGCACGUGUACGGCUUAUUGUACCGCGGCGUGAAGAACUAUGAGGAGGCUAUCAAGGCAUACAGGUUCGCGCUGCGGUUAGAACCCGACUCCGCGCCCAUACAGAGAGAUUUGGCACAUCUUCAGGUUCAAAUGCGAGAUUAUGAAGGCUACAUCCAGAGCCGGAAAAAUAUGCUGCAGCAGAAACCGGGGUUCCGGCAAAACUGGACAGCUCUAGCCAUCGCCCACCACCUAGCGGGAAAUUACGAGGAUGCAGAGAAUGUCCUCACCACCUAUGAGGAGACGCUCAAGGCGAAACCGACCAGGUCAGACAUUGAGCAUUGGGAAGCCGUGCUCUACAAGAAUUACGUCAUUGCAGAGUCGGGCGAACUCGAGAAGGCGCUAGAUCACCUGGAGGCCGUGGGCAAGAAGAGCCCCGAUGUCCUUGCAGUGAUGGAAAUGAGGGCAGAUUAUCUGGCCAGGUUGGGCCGAAAAGCCGAAGCCGAGAGAGCAUACGCCGCGUUGCUCGAGCGUAACCCGGAUGACUCUGCAUACUAUGAUGGAUAUAUCGCUGCCAGAGGGCUAACUGAUGGCCCCGUUUCGGAGAUCAACAAGGCAUAUCAGGAGCUGGCAGAGAGACACCCCAAAGCUGACCUUCCCCGUCGGAGACCAUUGGAUGUUCUAUCGGGGGAAGAGUUCAAACAAGCAGCAGACCAGUACCUCCAGAGGAUGCUACGAAAAGGAGUUCCUUCGACCUUUGCAAAUAUCAAACACCUUUACACCAACGGAUCGAAGAGAGACACUAUUCAGGGGUUGGUGGAGGGUUAUGUUUCCGGACAUCUACAACCACAGACCAACGGAGCCAAAGAAAAUGGGGAUACAGAAGAAACACGCUUCAGAUCCUCGGCUCUCUACUUCCUCGCCCAGCACUAUAACUACAAAUUAAGUCGCGACCUCGACAAAGCUCUCGAUUACGCCGACAAAUGUAUAGCCCUAGACCCCCAAUCUGUUGACUUCCAAUCAGUUAAAGCUCGUACGUACAAGCACAAAGGGGAGCUGACGAAAGGUGCCGAGAUCAUGGACCACGCCCGCUCACUCGACGAGAAAGACCGUGCAAUCAACACCAAAUGCGCCAAGUACCAACUUCGCUGCGAUCAAAAUGACAAAGCCCUCGAGACCGCAAGUAAAUUCACACAGAACCGCACAGGAGGGCCAUUGGGGGAUCUCGUCGACAUGCAAUGUAUCUGGUAUCUCGCGGAAGACGGGCAGUCCUACUUGCGCCAACGGAAACUCGGCCUUGCGUUGAAACGAUUUCACCAGAUCCUCGGUAUCUUUGACCUCUGGCAAGAAGAUCAAUUUGACUUCCACAACUUCUCGCUUCGCAAGGGCAUGAUACGGGCGUAUAUCGACAUGCUGCGGUGGGAGGAUCGACUGAGAGAGCACCCCUUCUUUUCCAAGAUGGCCGUCUCCGCAGUGAAAGCGUAUCUGUUGCUGUUUGACAACCCUGACUUGGUACACGGGCCAAUUAUGGAUACUGUGAAUGGUAUAAACAAGACGGGAGAAAUGAGCGCCGCGGACCGCAAAAAGGCACUCAAGAAGGCCAAAAGGGAACAAGAGAAAAUGGAAAAGGCCGACGCAGAGAAGAAGGCCGCGCUAAAGGCGAGCAAACCCACGCCCAAAGCUGACGAAGGGGAAACCAAGAAGGAAGAUCCCGACCCUUUUGGUAAGACUCUUGUCGAGACGAAGGAGCCUUUGAAGGACGCGAUGAAAUUUCUGGGUCCGCUGUUGGAGUUUUGUCCUGAUGUUAUGGAGGCGCAGGAGGCUGGAUUUGAGGUUCACCUCAGAAGAAAGAAGUAUCUGCUUGCGUUGAAGUGUCUGCUGGAGCUGAAGAGCCUGGGUGCCAAGGAAAGCGAGGUUCAAGAGUUGGGAGAGAGAUUGGGAAAAGCACUCGAAGAGAAUGAGAAAGAUGUGCCAGACAAGGUGCGCGAGAUUGUCAGGGCCGAAACAGCGAAGCUGGCCCAGUGA